UCCCAAAGCAAGAAUGUAGAAAACGAUGUUGAGAAGUUGUUUCAACAAAUGAGAAAAAGAGAAAUAGAAAUAUUACUGAGAGCAGGGUUUCCUGAUACCAAAGACAAAAUCAAAAGUGCUAAUGACGACACUAAACCAAAGAGCAAAAGUGCUGAUGACAACACUAAACAACACUCACAAAGCAGAGCUUCUGGAGACGAUAUAAAAGAAAACUUUCAAGACAACAGUCCCAGGGAUGUGGAAGAGCUCUUCCAACAAAUGAGGGAGAAGGAAAUGGAUAUACUACGCAAAGCAGGAUUUCCAGAUACAAAACAACAGACUCGCAGCAAAAGUGUUGAAGAAGACAUUGAACAACUAUACCAGGACAAACUUGUUGGAAAAGACGAAAAAGAAAAUUCUCAGAGGGAAGGAACUGGAGAAGCUUCCAGACAACAAUCCCAAAGCAAGAAUGCAGAAAACGAUGUUGAGGAGUUGUUUCAACAAAUGAGGAAGAGAGAAAUAGAAAUAUUACUGAGAGCAGGGUUUCCUGAUACCAAGGACAAAAUCAAAAGUGCUGAUGACGACACUAAACCACAGAGCAAAAUCAAAACUGCUGAUGACGACACUAAACAACACCCUCAAAACAGAGCUUCUGGAGACGAUACAAAAGAAAACUUUCAAAGCAACAGUCCCAGGGAUGUUGAAGAGCUCUUCCAACAAAUGAGAAAGAAGGAAAUGGAUAUACUACGCAAAGCAGGAUUUCCAGAUACAAAACAACAAACUCGCAGCAAAAAUGUUGAAGAAGACAUUGAACAACUCUACCAGAGCAACCCUGUUGGAAAAGACGAUAAAGAAAAUUCUCAGAGGGAAGGAACUGGAGAAGCUUCAAAACAAGAAUCCCAAAGCAAGAAUGCAGAAAACGAUCUUGAGGAGUUGUUUCAACAAAUGAGGAAGAGAGAAAUAGAAAUAUUACUGAGAGCAGGGUUUCCUGAUACCAAAGACAAAAUCAAAAGCGCUUAUGACGACACUAAACAACAUCCACGAAACAAAACUUCUGGAGACGAUACAAAAGAAAACUUUCAAAGCAACAGUCCCAGGGAUGUUGAAGAGCUCUUCCAACAAAUGAGAAAGAAGGAAAUAGAUGUUCUACGAAAAGCAGGAUUUCCAGUUACAAAACAACAGUCUCGAAGCAAAAGUAUUGAAGAAGACAUCCAACAACGAUCCCAGAGUACACCUUUGGAAAAGGACGUUAAAGGAAAGUCCCAAAGCAAAGAAUCUGGAGAGGUUACAAGACAACAGUCCCAAAGCAAGAGUGUAGCAACCGAUGUUGAGGAGUUGUUUCAACAAAUGAGAAAAAGAGAAAUAGAAAUAUUACUGAGAGCAGGAUUUCCAGAUGCCAAAGAAACUGCUGAUGACGACACUAAACUACAGAACAAAAUCAAAACUGCUGAAAAAGAUUCAAAACAAGAACCCCGAGGAAUCAGUAAUGUUGAAGCUACAACACUGAAGGCUGAGAGUAAAAACGCAAAAAAUGACAAGGAGAAAAAAGAUGAUGAAACUCAUGGACCUGAAGAAAAUGAGCAGGCUGCUCACAGCUGUGACGUAAAUGAAGACGAGAGUAUCGGGUCCUUCACAGAACCUAUGUAUUGGUGCUGUAUCUGCAUUUACCGGAAGAGAGCACACAACAAGAAAAGAAAAGAUGAAAACAAUGAGAAAAGGCCAGGGCUUCUGAAAAGAUUUAGAAGAUUUGUACGCAGAACUUUCCACAUUGGGCAUGAGUAAACUGGAUAUGAUGACGAAGAAUCUAUUUUAUGAUGAUAUUAAUGAAGAUAAACGAUGAAGAUGAUGAUGAAAUUGAAGAUGAUUGUGAUGAAUCAUGUGAUGAUAAUUUUGAUGAUUAUUAUAAGCAUAUAAAACAUUUGUUCUUUUAUGUUUACAAUCACGUUGAUUGCCAUGCUCAAUAAGACUAAAAUGAAAUUUUCUUGCACUUUUAAGUGCAUUCCCGCUCCUUGCCAGAUGAACCGCAUGUCAAUGUCAUCCACAAGAUUACAGCAUGUUUCCUUCCCAAAUCAGCCAUGGGUUUUCGACGAUGAAGACUAUCAUAUUAUCACGAUAUUUGAUACUGUUCAGUGCUUUUUUAUUGGUUAAUAAGCUUUAAUGUUCUUUCCUAGUUUUCAUAAUAUA